ACGACGCAGCACUUACGUUUAUUCUCAGGUUGAAGUCAACCAUACAGAAUAAGCUCGUGAUAUUUGUCAUGUUUCUAUUGAACAACGUAAACAUACAACACGUGCCUACCUAACCUGCCAUAGUUAGCUACGUACCAAAUUAUCCGGGUGAUGGGGAAGAACAGUUCAAGAAAGCAAAGGAUGAAAAUGGCCAAAGCUCGCAAGAAAACUGUAACGUCAAACCUAGAUUCAAUGUCAAUAUCUGAACUUUUAACCCAUGCACAGGAACAAAUAGAUAAUUAUAAAUUUGAAAAGGCCCAGAGGUAUUGCCAGGAAGCGUUGAAGCGGGAUCCUGAUAAUGUAGUUGCCCUUGAAACCUCAGCAAGCUUGUGUCUUGAGGUUGGCAAUUUUGAUGGAGCAAAGCACUGUCUGGGCAGAGCUAUAACCUUGCAACCAGAGGAAGGCUAUCCAAAGUAUUUGUCCAUGGCGCAAUUGUUACAAGGCAAAGAAUCCCUUCAGUGCUAUUUGAAGGGUAUUGAGUUAAUGCAGAUGCAGCUUAGUAACCUUCAGCCCACAACAGCAAAUGAGAAUACUAUUAAUAGUACAGGAAAGCCAGAUGAGCAAGGUGAAACAGAGAUGGAGAGUGUGACAACCAGAAAGGAAGAGGAAAGCAUUGAAGAAACUGAGGAAGAACAAGAAAAUGAACCACCUUCCUCCUCUUCUAGUCAAGAUGAAAACCAAACCAUGAGGUCUGCCCUUGUUCAUCAGAUGUCUUCUGCUUAUUGCUCGGUAGCAGAACUAUUCAUGACUGACCUUUGUGAUGAGGAUGAUGCAGAGAACCAGUGUCAUACUAAUAUUAGUAAAGCUAUAGAAGUAGAUCCUGGUAAUCCUGAAGCCUAUCAAAGUAUGGCCAGUUUUCUUCUUAUUAAGCAAGAAACUGAACAAGCCAAAGAGAACAUACUAAAGUCACUAGAACUAUGGUUGCCUAAGUAUAAGGCUGUUGAUGAGGGUGUAGCUGCUGCUGGUAGUUUUGAUCCGGUGGAAGUAUGUUCCUUAUCAUACCCAACAAGACUUAGCACUGCUAAAAUUCUCAUUGAAGUUGAAGACCAUGAUCAUGCUGUAGAUGUUCUUGAGGGACUCGCGGAAGAGGAUGACUCUGUGGUUGAUACUUGGUACCUAAUGGGAUGGAGUGCAUAUUUACGAGGAGAGGAACAUCGAGAUAAUGCACGAUACCUGUUACAUAGAGCUAUGGAGGUUCACAAGGCUAAUCCUACUGAUGAUGUCCAGCUAAUUGAGCACUUAGAGGAAUUGUUAGCUGAACUUGGUCCACUGCCAGAAGACCAGACACUAGAUGAAGGAGACAUUGACAAUGAAUUGGAAGAAUCAGAGGAUGAUGAACCUGAAGACAUGGAUACAAAUUGACCUAUUGUCAUUUAAAUAUGUUUUGUUUUACAAGUAAAUUAACACAUAACAGUUGUUUUUAUUAUGAGGAUCGUAUAAUAAAGUAUAACUUCCAUAUGUUAA